AUGUUAUGUGUGAGCUGGCAUUUGGAUUUUAAUUGCAUUUUUUUUUUCAUUGGGACCAUUUGAAAUAAAAAAAAAAAAAACAAAAACCAUGUCAACAGGACCGGAUAAUCUUUUCGAUUUGAAAAAUUCUUUUCAUCUCGGUAAUUGGCAACAAUGUUUGAAUGAAGCAGCAAAAGUCAAGACAACAACCGAUGAACAAAAAUUGGAACGUGAUGUAUUCAUGUAUCGGGCAUACAUUGCACAGAAAAAAUUCAAUGUAGUUCUUAGUGAAAUUAAUAAUUCAUCACCACAACCAUUGAAAGCGGUACGUUUAUAUGCAAGAUAUUUAUCAUCAUCAUCAUCGUCGUCGGUUGAUGAUAUUCUAGCCGAAUUGGAUGCCAAUCAAACCUUGUACAUGAAUGAUUGUUAUUCAUCAAUUUGUGCGGCAGCCAUCUAUUUUCAUGAACGAAAUUAUGAUAAUGUAUUGAAAAUGUUAAACAAUUCCGGUGAUAUUGAAUGUAUGGCCACAUCAGUACAGGCAUUAUUGCAUUUGGAUCGUUUGGAUCUAGCUCGUAAAGAACAUAAACGAAUGUGUCAAAAAGAUGAAUAUCAUACACUAUCACAAUUAGCAUUGGCAUGGAUUAAUCUUUAUUAUGGUGGUGAAAAAUUACAGGAUGCUUAUUUUAUCUAUCAAGAAUUGAAAGAUAAAUUUGGUCCAACACCAUUACUAUUGAAUGGCCAAGCGGUUGCUAUGAUUUGUCAGAAUCGUUGGGAAGAAGCUGAACCAUUAAUUACGGAAACUAUUGAAAAAGAUUCCAAUUAUACGGAAGCAAUCAUCAAUCAAAUGUUAUUGGCCAAUAUUAAUGGUAAAUCAAAUGAAAUGAUCAAUCGUUAUAUUAAUCAAUUAAGUGAUCGACAAUCAUUGGAUCAAACAUUUUAUGAUGAUUAUGAACAUAAACAACGAGAGUUUGAUAAAAUUGCUCUACAAUAUCAAAUUGUUUGAUGUGCUAUGCCAUGUUUUUUUUAAAGGUCGAGAAUAGAAAAUCUUGUUUUUUUUCACAGCGAAAAUUGAAAAUAAAAAUACUUUUUAAUAUU